GAAGAAGACAUAUCAAGCGCCCGCCUGGGGUGGGGCUAGUGUUUUUGCUAUUUUGACGAGCUUCUUGCAGCACUAAUAAUGUUUGUGGCUCGUAGCAUUGCAGCGGAUCAUAAAGAUUUGAUCCACGAUGUGUCAUAUGAUUUUCACGGCCGGAGAAUGGCAACUUGCUCAAGUGAUCAAAGCGUGAAGGUGUGGGACAAGAGUGAAAAUGGGGAAUGGCACUGCACAGCAAGCUGGAAGACACACAGUGGGUCUGUGUGGCGAGUGACAUGGGCACAUCCGGAGUUUGGGCAGGUGCUGGCUUCCUGCUCCUUUGACAGGACGGCUGCCGUAUGGGAAGAGAUCGUAGGGGAGUCCAAUGAUAAACAGAGAGGACAGAGCCAUUGGAUAAAGAGGACUACUUUAGUGGACAGUAGAACAUCAGUGACCGAUGUGAAGUUUGCCCCUAAACACAUGGGUCUAAUGUUGACCACUUGCUCUGCGGAUGGGGUGGUGAGAAUCUACGAGGCUCCAGAUGUGAUGAACUUGAGCCAGUGGUCUCUACAGCACGAGAUCUCCUGCAAGCUCAGCUGUAGCUGCAUUUCUUGGAACCCCUCCAGCUCUCGAGCGCACCCACCCAUGAUUGCAGUAGGGAGUGAUGACAGCAAUGUGAUGUAUGGUGGAAAGGUUCAGAUCUAUGAGUACAAUGAGAAUACAAGGAAAUAUGCUAAGGCAGAGACAUUGAUGACUGUCACGGAUGCGGUACAUGACAUCGCCUUUGCUCCAAACCUUGGAAGAUCCUUCCAUGUACUUGCCAUUGCAACCAAAGAUGUCAGAAUCUUCAAGCUGGUGCCUAUGAGAAAGGAUGCCACCUCUACAGGACCUACCAAAUUUGAGGUGCAGAUUGUGGCUCAGUUUGACAACCAUAACUCCCAGGUGUGGCGUGUGAGCUGGAACAUCACCAGCACUCUAUUGGCCUCAUCUGGGGACGAUGGCUGCGUGCGUCUCUGGAAAGCAAAUUACAUGGAUAACUGGAAAUGCACAGGAAUCCUAAAGGGAGAUGGCAGCCCCCUGUCUGGGUCAUCUGGUCAGCCCACUGCCAUGAGCACUGUGGUGGGCUCCUCCAUUCAGACCUCUCUGAGCACUCUAAAUGGCACAUCAGCAGGAAGGUAUUUCUUUCCGCCCCUGGAUCCGCCCAGAGCAGGGUCCAGGUAUGGUCACCUGCUGCCUCCCUCUUCCCUCAUAGAGCACUGUGACGCUGAGCCCACUCAGCCUCAGCAACAGGCUCCUCUCCACAGACUGUACUCUAGAGCACUGCUACCCUUACCCGAGACUGAGGGACAGUGAUGGGUAACUGUCCACUAAAAUUCCUCGGGGUUGUGGCACAUACUAUUUUCUUUUUCCUUUUUCCUUUUUUUUGUAAUCCUGUUUCUCUCUAAAUUUCAGUCAUCUUUGGACCAGGUCACAAUAUCCAUUUUCCAUUUUCUAAUAUAGAUUUCCAUUUCCUGUUUUUUUGUUUCCUAUUUUUCUUUUUUAUGCAUUUUUCUCAAGCAUAUUAGCGUGUUUUUCUCAGCUUAUUUCACUCAUAAAUAAUUGCAGAACGAUAACAUUGCUGUCUUUAUUGUGCACGGUUGGUGUGGCAGAAGGUACUUGAGGAAAUUCUGUGAGUGAGCCAGCCAGCUUAGAUUCACAAUUCUAUAUGUUCCAUAAAGGUAUGUUGAUAAACUUCUUAUUGAAUUUAUUAUGAGAAUGUAUGACGGUGAAAACAUUUCUUCUGCUUUCCCAUCUUGUAUUAUAUUUCCCAGCAGCUUUGCAACAUUACCAGUUUAACUGUCUCAAGAGAAAGAUGCUUAUCCCUUUAGCGUCUGGUAAAAACUCGAGUUAUCCAGAAGCUAACUUUUAUGAAAAAAUGGCUUUGUGAUACAUGAGUUUUGCCAUUUUACAUUGUCCCUUAACUUGUUUGGCUGUUAAGGGAGAAAGCCUGCAGUCAAACCUUUAAAGAUGAAUAAAUGCAUGUAUUUUCAGUAUGAUUUGAGUAUCCUGUUAGUUUAUCAUUCACUCGUCAUGACACAGAUGAUCAUGGUCAAGUUAAGCUUGAAGUUGACCCUACCUAAUAAAAU